AUGGAGCAACAGAAGGAGAUCAAUGAAGAAAACCAGAGGUUGAGAAUGGAGGUGGAGCGGCUACGCAGUGAAGCGGCGAGGACCGCGGAUGUGCGAGAAGAGUACGAGUACUUCGUGAACAUGAUAGCGAGCGAAGUGGUGAUCGGGCUUUGGGCUUGCAUGGAGUUUUACGGGGCAAUACUUCUGGACUACCUGACCCAGGCGGCAAUCCUGAAGGACCACCGAGGCAUGAUGGUUGUGGGAGCGGCGAAGCUUCAGGCAAUCGUGGAGGGCUCGGAGGUAAUCUUUCAGGACUUCCAGGACGUUACGGCGGCUCUGAGGGUGAUCCUUCUGCUGGGCGACGCGGGCUUCCUUCUGGAAGUGGUGGUGCGUGCUUGGUGGGAGAGCAAGGGCAACAGCAGCCUAAAAGAGAUGGCGUUUUCGGAGGUAAUCUUCCAGGACUUCCGGGACAUGUUCGUGAGCAAGGGGGUUUGGGUGGAGAUCAACCAGGUGAUCCUGGAGCGAGUGCCGGAGAACGACGGUCUGGACCUGGACAAGCUACAGGCGGCAAUGGCUAUGCAACUGGGAAUGAACUCGGCAAGACCCGAGCAAAUCAGACCAGGCACCACAGCCUCGGAACUUCCGAAGCUGAGUGAGGGGGAGAUGGCGGCGAUCAACGUUGGGGAUUGGCUUCAUGGACUCAGCGGGCCCAUGGGUGAUCUCACUGAUGGCAGCGCGCAAUGGUGGUCGCAAGUUCUAGCCUCCUUAGAAGCCUUCUACAAGGAUUACAUCCAUGCGUCGGCGGUGAAGAAGCUACAGCUUAAGGCCGAUGACUACGCCCAGGACAUGCUCAAGGAGGCAAAGUGGUUAAGAGUGGACAAGCGGGCGGCUACGAUGUUGCUGCAGGCGAUUCCCGACAGCAUCAAGACGGAGGUUUUGGCCAAUAGGCUACAAACGACCCUGAGUAUCUUGGCGCGGAUCCUUACCAUUUACCGCCCAGGGUCAGCUGUGGAACGCCAGCAAGUGUUGAAGGCCUUGGAGUCUCCUACUACGGCAAGCUCACCUAUGGAACUGGUAGAAGUCUUGAGGCGAUGGGCGAGGUGGUUGAAAAGAGCUCAGGACUUGGCACUACAAGUGCCAGAUCCCUCUAUCCUCUUGAGGGGUUUGGAUGCGGCGUCAAGGACUCAGUUGGAGAAGCACGGCGAGGUUGCGUUCCGGGCAAACAUGUUAAGGUACAGCUUGGAACUGGACUCAGCGCCCUCUUUGAUAUCAGUGGUCAAGCUUCAAUCACACCUUUUGGCCGAGUUUGAGCAGAUAGCCUACCGAGGGAGGACAAGGACGACAUCUACCACCACACCGUCUAUGAAGGCUAUGGGGGCAGCUGCGCAAGAAGGGCAAGGUGGGGCUUCGCCGAAGGGGACUGGCUCUCCCUCCACUACAGCGACGUCAAGACCUUGUAAGUUUUUCUUGAUGGACAAUGGGUGCCAGCGUGCAAACUGCAAGUUCAGCCACGACUGGGCCAAUGUACCCAAGGAGGAGAGAGCGGAGCGGUGCAAAGCUUGCGGAGGCAAAGGCCACAUGCGAAAGAACUGCCCGGUGAAGGUUGGUGGUGGAGAAGGCCAGCGACGCGAUGAUCCUAACCGUGGUGCUCCGCAGCCCAAGGUUAAGAAUGUGAAGGGUGGCGACAACAAGCGGGAUGACGGGACAGCCCCACUGGCUACCUCUACGGCAACUUCCUCAUCGGCUCCAACGGGGACUGCGGGUUCGACAAGUUCGGCGAGUGCUUCUAUGGACUCUACGGUUUCGGCACCCAGUGGGUCAGAGUCUGCGUCUUCGGUGAGAGAGGUUGAUGAUUUCUUAAAGAAUGCCACGCAGAUGUUGAAGAUGAUGGCCGAACAACAUAACCCAGGACGGGGCGGACCUUCCAUGAAGAUGCUGAAGAAAGCGAUUCGGCAUUACGAGUCGAAGAUGGCCUUGGUGGAUUCGGGUGCUACGCACCCUUUGCGUUUGGGGUCCUCCUCGGAAUGGGCUGGAGCUGAUGAAGUGGAUGUUGUAGUAGCUGGAGAUGGUGUUCAGCGAAUGCGACAGACCACGGCGGGAACUCUGCUACUGGAGCCGAACACCUCAAAGGCUCAAACCAUCCUGCCGGUUGGAAGCUUGGUCAGCGUGCUGGGCUAUGAGUUGGCUUGGACAAGGAAGAGGUGCGUACUCAAGGCGCCGGACGGCAGGGAGUUUGGUUUGCGUGUGAACUCAGGAUGUCCAGAGAUGAGCGAGGCCACCGCCUUGGAGUUGAUUGCCGAGAUCGAGCAAGAGAAGAUCGCGCAGCUCAGCAAUAGGACUGAGGAGACCAAGAAGGCGGUGGCGAGGGCUCGUGCGGUUCAGUUAGAUCCUUGCUGGGAAAGAAGUAUGAAGGAGUACGUCAAGAAUGGGAAGUUUGAGGAUGGUUUCAGUGCGCUGGCAGCAGCACCUUGGGCCACGGGAGAACUUCAUGAAGAUUUGGCAAAGAUUGUGACGGAUCUCCCCAAGGAUGAGACCGAGGCCUGGGCGCUUAUGCAACAGCUCGGGUUCAAUCGGAGGAUGCGGAAGCGCCUCAUGAGCAAGGACUGGAUCGUGAAGUUGUGCAGUGGCAAGCGGUCGGCGGUUGAUAAAGUGUUCAAGGGGGUGGAGAGCAAUGGCACCGUGGUGUUGGACGUCGAUGUGCAAAGGUUGUCUCCGCUGGAUUUGUUCAAGGCCGGCCAGGGCGUGAUGCGGAUGUUGUUGUGGGGAGCAGCUACGGGAAGGGUGGCAGGAAUCCUAUGCGGGCUUCCUAAACACAACGCGCUAGAGCACUCCCUGAGGGCGGUGGUGUUGAAUGAAGUGGCCAUGGCCGGAAGAACGGCUAUGUGUGGCGAGAUGGACAUUCCCUUUGAUGGUGUGGCGUUCUCUUUGUGGGCCUCUGCAGAGGCUGAGCAAGAUGAGUCCUCGCUGGUGUGGGUGUUCAAGUGGUUUCGGAGGUGGAUUGCUGAAAAUGGUUUGGACCUAUGCCAUUUCGAACAAGGAGGUUUGGGUCACUCUAUGAGGCGGCCUACGACUAUGACUACCAACCUGGAUGUCGCGGAGUUGAAGGGGAUUCAAGAUUCUCGGCCGGAACCUGAGAGCGAGAAGGGGUCAUGGUCUAUGUGGGCACCAAUGAUGGCGAGAGUGCUGGUCAGAGGUUUGAAGAGAUGGAAGCAGCGCCCGGGAUGGUAUUCUCGUUUGGUGAAGGCGCUGAAGGCGGUGGACAGACGAGCGUGGGAAAGGCAUUUGGCCAAUGACCACGUACCUUAUCGUGCAGAUUGCCUACAAUGCAUCCACACCGCUACGGGGCGUCCUCACAGGAAGUGCCUGCAUCGGGACUGCUAUGUUUUGAGCGCUGAUACUUUGGGGCCAGUGCGCAUUGCGGGCACGAAGGGUGAGAGGUACGCGGUUGUCUUCACCUACCAGUUCCCGAAGCAGAAGCUGAUCCCAGAGGACCAACCUGUUCGAGAAGAAGAACUUGAUGGGUGGAGUUUGGAUGCGGAGACAGACAAGUCGGAAGCCGGAGCGGCUGACUACGGUGAGCUGGAAGAGUAUUCGCCGGACGACGGACCGGAUGUGGAAUUAUCGCCAGCGGAACUUGAAGAACUACAACGAGUCCAACGAGAGCGACCCGGUGAUCUACCAGCAGCCAAACUAGAUGCGGCGGUUAAGGUGCUUGGAGCGAAAGCCCUGGACAAGAAGGAUGUUUCUGACGAUUGGUGGGAGUUCAGGGAGUCUACUGGGGUGUUGAUCAGGCAUCAUAGAACACCGCGUACAAGGUUGUUUCGGCCUACGUCGUGGAAUGGGUGCCCGGUGUCGCCUUCCAAGCUUGAUUACACGAGAGUCACCGAGGUGAAGUAUGUUGGUGGUGGUGUGGAAACGGAGACAUCGGAUUGGCAUGGUCCCCAAUCGGGUUCGAGAUCUUUGGAGCGCCCUUGGACCGGAAGAACUACUUUUCACAUUUCUACGGCCGAGAUCCCCGAGGAGGAGUCAGAGCUACAGAAGGACGAGGAGACGUGGGAACAACUCAUAGGCGACUUGACAAAGCCGGUUGAGAUGGACACGAUCUACUUAGUUUACCCGGUCAGAGCUCGGCGAGGCGGUGACAUAAUGCUGGCGGUACAGGAGGCAGUCUUGAGAUUGAAGUUACUUGGCCUUCCCGUUGCGCGACUUCAUUCAGAUCGGGGCUCUGAGUUUGCGUCGAAGGGGCUACGUAAAUGGCUGUUGGACCACGAUAUCUACCACACCCGUUCGGAGGCUUUGGUUCCACAAACAAAUGGUGCAGCUGAGCGUGGAGUUCGAUGGUUCAAGACGAUGGCCAAGGUGUUGUUAGCGGAGGCAAAAGUGGGUCUUAAGUACUGGACUUUGGCAAUGCAGCAUGCGGCCAACCGACGUCUACAUGAGCGGCUAGGUCUCAACAAGCCGAGGUUGUUGGCUUUUGGUUCCAAAGUGAUGAUACGAAGAAAGGUGUUUGGGAAUAACAAAAAGUAUGACCUCACCGACCGCUGGGAGCAGGGCACCUACCUGGGAUUGUCGGACACCAUCAAGGGCGGUGCUGUGGUUUUACGGCCCACUGGAGUGUUGACGGAGACGUUGAACCUUAAGGACGGUGUUGUGGAUCCUCAUGUACUACUAGCGGAAGCUACGGAGGAUGAUGAUGGAGGCGGUGUUGGAGAUGUCCCUACAGGAGAAGUCCCAGUCGUUGAGCUACCUGAACCAGAUCAUCGCUUGAGCGGAAAACAACCUCCUCCUGCUCUUCGUGCGUUGAAAACAACUAUGGAAGGCGGUGGUGGUGACCAGCGUGUACCCUCAGGUUGGACGAUGAGAUCGUUGGUGAAUCAACAAGAAGACAGGGCCCGCUACUACUAUAACAUGGGCAAGUUUGAUGAUGAAACUUGUGCUGAAGUUCUAAGAGAUGUUCAUGUUGGUAGCAAAGCAAAGAGAUCUACGCGGGGAACCCAUUCUUCAGCACUGAUUCUUGGAGGAUAUGUUCAUGGGGGAAUGCGUGGGACUACUACGGCAACUCGGAGAAGGCCUUGGCUUACGAAGUACUUGAACAUGGUGCUGAGACAACGCACGAUGGAGAGCACGAAUCGGGAACCAUGUUGGGCAACGCUUGGAGUGUUUAAGGCUACAGAGAUACCCCCACAUCGUGAUCUUCGCAACAAGCCGGGCAUGCCAAACUUUGUUACGGAAGUUGGUGGUGAAGAGUUUAGGGGGCUUUGGCUGUCGGAUGCGCAUGAGUUGUCCAAGGAGGAUGGCACAGAAGGAAAGGACCUACAGCGUGAACUACCUGAUGGCGCGGUGGCUGAGGGUAGGGUUGUGGACAUCAAGGGCAAGGUUGCUGUGUUUGACCCUAAGAAGUUGCACUCGUAUGUCGAGGGAGAGGACGGCAACAGAUGGAUCCUAGCAGGCUUCACCCCCCUCAAUGUUGAGAGUAUACCUCCAGAGCCUGUGGCGUUCAUGAACAAGUGUGGUUUUCCUUUGGAAGGUACUGGUGCAGAAGUACAUGAUGUGGAUGAUGUAGAAUGGGGAAGCAGUGACAGUGAGCUUUCUGAUGAUGCCUCUACAGGAGAGGAGGAGGACUUGGAGAAUAAAACAAGAGUUCUUCGGUGUGAACUUCAGGAGGAGGAAUUUCAGGAGGCCAACAUCAAUGACGCGACCCCGUAUCUGCUGAUGCUCCACAAUGCCUUCGAGGACUGUGCCAGGGAGUUGGAGCGUUUACAGCUUAAGGCGAUCAAGAGGGUGUUGAAGGUAUCUCCCGGGACGUCUAAGGAAGAGGAAGUCGAGGAACUUUUGAAGACGCUCGAGGGUCCCUUGGAGGUCGUUCACACUGUGAGUUUGCCGGAGGUCAAGAAGUAUGUUCAGUUGUGGAAAGAGGCAAUUGUAAAAGAAGUGAAUGCGCUCAUGAGCUCUGGAACAGUGAAGCGGCUGUCCCCAGAGCAAACCAGGGAGCUGAAGAAGGCGGGCCUCACGGUGCUACCUGGGAAGGCAGUAUUCACUGCCAAACCUCCGAGUGAGGCUUCGAGCAAAGAGAGAUUCCGCAGAAAAUGCCGGAUUGUGGUUUGCGGAAACUUUCUACCAGCCCAGGGUCAGAAUGUGUAUGCGUCCGGCACCUCGGCCGACACGUUGAGGAUCGCUGUGGCUCUGGCAGUGCAAAGAGGAUGGAGUAUCGGAAGUACCGAUGUUGCCAAUGCUUUUACACUGGCACCUAUGCCGUCGGAGCUCACCUACGCGCUAACUCCACCAACCAUCGUGAUCAUGGCUGGUGCAGCAGAGCCAGGGGAAACGUGGCAGAUCACGCGGGUGCUCUACGGUUUGAGAGAGGCACCUAGGCUUUGGGGUGACUUCAGGAACCUACGAUUCCAGGAAGCGAAGAUUGUGUACGGCGACAAGGUGCUUGUGCUGACCGCUACGACCACGGAUGAGAACCUCUGGCGAGUGACUUACCAAGGAGAAGACACCAUCCUAGGACUGGUCUUGGUCUAUGUGGAUGAUAUCUUGAUGCUGUCUGAGAAGGAGAUUGUCAAGACCAUUUACCAGUGGUUGGUGUCUGACUGGAAAUGCUCCAACCUUGAGUGGGCAGAGGAGGACUCGUUGAGGUUUUUGGGGAUAGAACUACGAGUUUUUGGUGGAGGCGUUCAUCUAUCUCAAACGGGUUAUGUUCGUGAUCUACUACGACAACAUGGAAUGCCGGAGGAGGUGGGCGCGACACUUACGGUCCCGUGUGCUCGGGAGUGGCUUCAAGAUGCUGACUCCGAUGAGGAACCGGAAACCGCUGAGGAGGCCACUGUGAGAAUGGCCCAAAAGGCUACGGGUGAGGCUUUGUGGCUUUCGACGAGGAGCAGACCGGAGCUUGCACAUGCCGUUGGGUGUAUGGCUUCGCUAGCACUACGACGACCGUUGAGAGCUUUGGAGAUAAGCAAGCGAGUCAUGAAAUACCUCUCCAAGACGGUUGAGUACGGGAUCUGGUACAAGGUGGUGCCAGAUGAUCCAGCCUUGGUUGUGUAUUCGGAUGCCAGCUACGCACCAGGAGGAGGAAGAGUGGCUGCGUUGUUGUCUGAGCUCAAGCUGGACCCAGUGAUGCAUUUGCGGAUUGACAAUGCUGCUGCUCAGGGCUUGGCCAGUGAAAGCCCGGGCCUUGAUGGACCUGUGGCAGUUGGUGCCAUGCUGCGCUCGGGAGGCAGCUGGAGCGGCAUUGAGGGCUUUGAGGGUGUUGAAGGGCGAAAAGAAGACCUAGCCUUGGAUGGUUCUGUGGAGUUCUACUUUGUCUUGGUUGUUUCCUUGAUUGCGGCGGAGGAAGAAGCCGACCUCCGAGAUGUGGAGGUGACGCUUCUUCAGACGCAGCUGACUCAGCAGCGUGGGCCUGUGGCUGAACCUCAGGCAGCUGCCGAGGAAAGCCAAGCUGAUGAUACGGAGCACGUCAUCACAAAGGACCACAAUGGCAAGGCAGGGUUCCUGCCAUAUUGGUAA